AUCACAGGAACGGAGAGCUGGAGUGUGUGAAAGCCUCAUCCUUUAAUCUUUGCUUCUCAGGGGAGUGAAUGAUGAGGGGGUUCCAGCGCCGCUUCACCGGAGGAUUCCUAUCUGGAUUUUAAUUCCACUUAGUCAGUGUCCAAACACUGGAUUUCUACCCGGGCACCAACUGCUCUAUGACCCAUAGAAUGCGGCAGACCUCGUCAGCCCGGGGCAUGGUUUCUUGAGCAGUCCACACCACUGACUCAUCGCAAGCAGCCACCAGUGCAUCCUGGGCCAUGAGCGCUCUGCUUCCCAACGCCACUGCUCCCGGGGGCGCCGCGGUUCUGCUGGUCGCCACCGGCGGUCCGUUGAACCUGACGGCGGCUCAGGCGGGAGGCGGCGCCGGCUCUGGGCAGUCGCCGGCUCCUCUCUGUACCGUGUGCUGCUGUGGGUUCGUCAACCGCACCUUGGCCGUGGUGUUCAUGGUCAGCCUGGCUUUUGCCAUUGUGGUCGGAAAUGUGGUCACGCUGACCGUCUUCGUGCAAACAAGGCAGUCGAGGACGCCGCAGGGUUACUUAAAAGUGUCGCUGGCGGUCGCAGACAUGAUGGUUGGUGUCCUUGUGGUUCCGUUCUCUGUCUACACUGAAAUCUCCCUGAUGGUGACCAGCGCGCCUCCUGUUUGGUUCCAGGGCAGCUCCAUUUCCCCAGCCUCCAUCUCGUCCCCCUCCUCUUUAUCUCUGGGUGGACGUGCGCGGCCUUGGCAGCCGUGCAUGCUGAUCGGUCCCGUGUUCGCCGGCUGCACGUUCGUCUCCAUCAGCACCAUCUUCCUCAUGACUGUGGAGCGAAGCGUGGCCAUCCUGCGGCCGCUCCACAAGGACGCCCUGGUGACCCGGAGGCGAACCCUGUUCCUCAUCGUGCUCUCCUGGACGGCCAGCUUCCUUCUGGCUCUCACGCCCCUCAUCUUCAGCAGUAACUUCACCCUGGAGUACAAUCAGUGCAGUCGAAUGUGCAACUACACCCCACUGCUGUUUGGAGGCCGGCUGCCGCCCGAUGCCAACGUUUUGCUGUUAUUCCCAGCGUUUGACUUCACGCUGCUUGGGGGGACGUUAGCAGUGAACAUUGUGUCUUUCACCAGCAUUCGACGGUACUCCAAAAAACGCAAACUGCUGUCAGAGGGCAGCCUGAGCGACGGAGGGGGGGGAGGGUGCCCUCACAGGCCGUCCUUUUCGGACAUCAAAGCUGCCAAAACGAUUGGCAUCCUGACAUUCGCCUUCACGGCUUCCUUCUCUCCCAUCGCAGUCUUCGUGCUGGGGAACGUAGUGGGGUACAUGUGGUGUAACUUUUCCUUUUUUGCCUUCUGGAUUCUGACUGGAAACAGUUGCUGUAAUGUCAUUAUCUACAGUGUCAGGGACCACCGUUUCAGGAAAGGCGUUCACCUGCUCUUUCAGCGUGAACAGUCCCCUCCCCCUAGCGAGAAGACUUGAUGUGUUUAUCAAUGAAAUAACACAUAAAUAGUUUGUCAUUUAUGAUAGGCAGAAAUUUGAGGUCAUUAUUUAUUGUUUAUUUUAUUUAUUUUCUUUUUCUUAUUUGAUGAUUUGCCAAGAAGAUUUAGAUGUUGUUCUUGGGUUUGCAACACAAAUAUGAAGCUGUAGCCAGCAGCUUCACAUUUGGCUGCCAAGCACCUCUAUGCCUAAUUGUGUUGUCACGAUGUUGAUUCCAAUUCAAUCCUGGCUAGAGUUUCAUAAUUGCCAUAACUCUCAGAGUCCUAUCAGCGUAUUAAAAGACAAAAUUAUUUUAAGAUAUCAUUUCCAUGUACAAUUCAGACAAUUAGUCUGAUACUGUUCUUUCCUCCAGCUGGCACAGUGGUUAGAGCUGGCGCUGGUGACGCCAAGGUCACGGGUUCGAAUCUAGCCACAGGAGUUGCAAGGCAGUGACUCGGAGCCUGGAUGAGGGGUUGCGUAAGGAAGGACAUCCGGCGUAAAAACCUGCUAAAAACAACCAUUUGACUCAUUUGCUGUGGCGACCCCUGAUGGGAAAAAGGCAAAAAGGAGUUUCCCAAGUUAAUUAUUGUCCUUUGUUGAUCUGCACCCACAUACACUAUGUCUUUGGACAAACCUCCAGUAUAUCUAUGCAUUGCAUGACAACCAUUUUCAAGACGAAACAAACUACUUGCAGGUCUGAAAAGAUGGAGUCAUUAUUUUAAUGAACUCCUGAUCGCUUCUACUGCCACAACAAUCCACAGCCUCUCCUCUGGUCUCCGGCCUAUCGCCCGUCCUCUCUACAGCUUGUGGCCAAACCCAGAGUAUCUCAGAGUAUCUCACUCAUCUGUUUAAAAAAAGUAUUGGCUGUGUGUUUUGAAAGUUGGAUACUACCUGUUGUAAAUGUUCCAAUUAAAGGAACAAUCAAUCGCUCCUGAUAAAAAUCUGCCUCAAGUUUAAGUGAAGCACUUUUCAGUUACUAUGUUGGUCGUUUGCAUUGUGACAUGUACAUUUUAUAAUGAUUUUCUUAUUUCUGACCAAAUAAAUGUGAAAAAAAAUAAACAUUAAACAUUGUAUUUGGUAAAUAAUUAUCAACUACAUAACUGGGAUGCCAAGCAGAGAGAGAGAGAGAGAGAGAGAGAGAGAGAGAGAGAGAGAGAGAGAGAGAGAGAGAGAGAGAGAGAGAGAGAGAGAGAGAGAGAGAGAGAGAGAUUAAACAGCAUUACACAGAAUAAUAGAAGGUACAGUAUGGUACAGUAUCAUUAAUGAUAAAUUUCUCUUCAUGUAUUGAAAAAAAAAAAUUCCUCAGUUUUGGUAAUAUUACAGUAAUAAAAUCAGCAACUGCGCUAAAUUGUUUCUAAUAUUAUUUUGUGAGUGUACAUUUUAACAUUUUCAGUUUUUUCAUUUACCCAGAAGUACUAUUGGGUUUAAUGCACUGGGAUCAAAUUCAUAUUUAUGUAAUGUGAAGAAGACCUGCAGUUACACCACAGGGUCCUGGGUGCCCAGCAUGAAAAAGCAGAAUGAGCUCUAUAGCGCUGUCUCAACUCCGACACAGCUCAAGC